AUGUUGUUCACUAGUGUGAUCAUUACAGCACUCAUCGCUGCUUCACAAUCCUUGGCCGCACCGCUACCGGCGCCUUUCCACGGGCACAACAUCAUCCAUCACCUCGCAAGCGCCGUGUCGGCAAUGACAGCACCUCAAGAGCAGUAUUAUGUCAAAAGAGACGUAAAGGCGCAUGGCGUUCACGUCGUUGGUGUACACGUGCACCCUGCUUCCGGAUCACCCGUCGCCGAGCCAGCAGGCGUGCAUCAGGCAGAGAAGAGCAAGGAAGCAAAUCCCAACGAACAGAGUGCACCGAAAGGAGGAGCUGAUGCGGCUCCUGCGCCGGACAAUACGCGACGUUCACUCGUCGCUGAGCUAGAUUGA